AGGUGCUCUCCGAUGCGGGGCGGUCCCCGGCAGCGCUCCGGUGCCGCGCUGCGGGGCUGGCCGUGGCCAGGCUCUCCCGGGGGGAAGCAAGGUGCGCUUCUUCCCCCUUCCCAAGCCCGCCCCCCUCCCGGCCCGGCCCGGCCCGCCCCGCGGCCCGGCGGGGCCCGGGCUCCGGCGCGCUGUGCACCGCCCGGGGGGCACGGCCAGCGCCAGCCGGGGGAGCAGGAGAGGCCGCGCCGCUGCUCCCGGCAACUGUCUGCUAGGAAGGGGGACGCGCCGCAGCUCGGUGCCCGCUGAACACCUGUCAGCCCGCAGAGCCUGAUUUAUACCUGGCCCUGGCAGCCUCUCCGCUGAGGAUUUCCCCCUCGUCCCACUUUUUCUUCUUCUUUUUUUUUUUUUUUUUUUUUUUUUCCCUCUUCGCCUCCCCCUUCUCUUCCCGGAGCGUUGUAGAAGGGGGUAUUUCCUUCAGGGUAUAAAGCUGAGAAUACAGAGGAGGAGAGGCUCAGAGCUUCACCUCAUUGCCUCGUUUUCCCUUCCAUGUGAACAUCCUGCAACGUUUCCUUCUUCCUGCCUCACCUGUCACCUGGCCAGCACUGUCCGGACAAUGUCCGCCAAGCUCCUACCGCUCUUCUUCCUCCUCUCAGUGUUCCACGCCUGUUCUAGAAAGGUUGAAGAGGAUGAAUAUGAAGAUGGAACAACUAACCAAAAAUGGGUUUUAGCUCCAAAAACACAAGACACAGAUGUGACUCUCAUCCUAAACAAGCUGUUGAGAGAGUACGACAAAAAGCUACGGCCAGAUAUUGGAAUAAAACCAACAGUUAUUGAUGUUGACAUUUACGUCAACAGCAUUGGUCCUGUAUCAUCAAUAAAUAUGGAGUAUCAAAUUGAUGUAUUUUUUGCCCAGACGUGGACAGAUAGCCGUCUUCGCUUCAACAGCACCAUGAAAAUACUGACUCUAAACAGCAACAUGGUUGGCUUGAUCUGGAUCCCAGACACUAUAUUUCGUAACUCAAAGACAGCGGAGGCUCACUGGAUCACCACCCCCAACCAGCUCCUCCGCAUAUGGAAUGAUGGCAAGAUCUUGUACACCCUCAGGCUUACCAUCAAUGCCGAGUGCCAGCUGCAGCUACACAACUUCCCAAUGGAUGAACACUCAUGUCCUCUGAUAUUCUCUAGCUAUGGCUACCCUAAAGAGGAAAUGAUUUACAGAUGGAGGAAAAACUCAGUGGAGGCUGCUGACCAGAAAUCUUGGAGACUCUAUCAAUUUGACUUUAUGGGUCUCAGAAAUACUUCAGAAAUUGUGAAAACCUCUGCAGGUGAUUAUGUAGUCAUGACUAUAUACUUCGACUUAAGUAGAAGAAUGGGGUACUUUACUAUUCAAACCUACAUUCCCUGUAUAUUAACAGUUGUUCUUUCCUGGGUAUCCUUUUGGAUCAAAAAAGAUGCUACACCAGCAAGAACAGCAUUAGGCAUCACUACAGUAUUGACCAUGACAACUUUGAGUACCAUUGCAAGAAAGUCAUUACCCCGUGUCUCCUAUGUCACCGCUAUGGAUUUGUUUGUGACUGUAUGCUUUCUAUUUGUCUUUGCUGCUCUGAUGGAGUAUGCCACGCUCAACUACUACUCAAGUUGCCGGAAACCAAGCUGUACUAAGAAGAAAAAGUCGCUACCUGAUGUAAGUUUUGGUCAUGUGAUGAAUUAUUCUGUACUUGAUAUGAGACCACCAGCUACGGUCAUCACAUUGAACAAUGCCAUGUAUUGGCAAGAAUUCGAAGAUGCCUGUGUCUAUGAAUGUCUGGAUGGGAAAGACUGUCAGAGCUUUUUCUGUUGUUAUGAAGAGUGCAAAUCAGGCUCAUGGAGGAGAGGACGAAUUCACAUAGACAUCUUAGAACUGGACUCUUACUCCAGGGUCUUUUUUCCUACAUCCUUCCUGCUGUUUAACCUUGUCUACUGGGUUGGAUACCUCUAUCUUUAAAUGUUGCCUGUAGCGGUGAAGACUGCUGUGUUUUCUCACUGUGGAUGGAUGGUGAAAGUGCAGACAAAGUGAAGGACACGGUCAGUUUCAUCUCAAAUUAUAAAGACCACAUUAACCUUCACCUUCUUCAUCACCAUCACAGAGCCUGAUGAAUAAUUUUAGUAUGUAUCUUCCUGAAAAGGAAAAACAUGGAAGAAUUCUCUCCUAACUGCUAUUCGUUUUAAGGAAAAAAUUCUUACAAAAUUCAGCUGAAUUUGUAGUGUAAGUGAUGUUUAUGAACAAUUAUUGUAUAUUAGAAUCUCUACUACUCUGCCUUGGCAUAGCAGCUAUUCACAAUUCAGGCAAAGAUUAAAUAUGUCAUUUUUAUUUUUCAUUCCCAUACUUUCUUCAAAAUGCUGUCAUAUCUCUGAGGCUCAGAGCAAUGUACGCUGGCAUUGGCAAAUAAGCCAAAGUCAACAAAACAACUCAUUUUUAUUUAAAUUUACUUGAGCUUUAUCCCACAAGUUUAGGGAAAUAUUUCAUUAGUGAUCUCCUUGAUACAGAGUAAUCACCAAAAGACAGUAGAGAAAUGUCUCUGGUGGGAUCAAAACAUGAACGUUACUUUCUGCAAAGGUCUGGGAUUUGUGGAAUUAGCCACUUACCUACACAUAUUGAUUUUAACUUAAAGGUGAAAAGGCAGAGUGAUAAGAAAGCUAUUAUUUUGAUAUAAAUAACACUUGCCUAUCUCUGAGGCAGCUGUAGGAAUAACUUCUACAGUUUUUCAAGCUUUUAACUGUCUUUUUUAUGACUGGUUAAACAUAGGAUCGUCACUGAUUUCUAAAGUACUCUACUUGAAGCAGGACAAGAUUCCUGCUUGUUUGUGUCAUUGUAGCAGGUCACAUUUGAUGUGCUAUAUACAUAUAUAUACAUAUAUACACACAUAUAUAUAUAUAAUAGCACCAGGAAUAUGUGACUUUCUUUGGAUUUCAAUUUACUAGAAAGUGCACACAUGCAUUCUUAUUUUUUCUCUCAAAGUUGUUUUACAAAAUUGAAAAGUGCGUGCCAAAGGAUUUUUUUUGUUUAUUUAAUAAAGUUAAAGACUGCAGUAUUUA